UCUUGCACUGCAUCCAGGCCCCGGCCACUUCACCAUCUUAUCAAGCGACGCCCUCAGCCUGAAACCCACGAGACAUCAUGCAGUCCGCCGACACUAAGCUAAGCCGAAACUCCCUCCAGCUGGCCCUGAGGCGCUACAGCACAGUGGUGCACAACAUGGAGCAGACCGUCCUGCUCCCCAGCCUCCUGAGAGACGUGCCGUACGACGAGGCUCAGGACUGCGAGGCCGCAGACAACAGCAUGGACCUGUACGAGUACUACCUUAUGCUGAAAGCCGUGAAGAACACGGUGGAGAGCGGGCUCUUCCCCCACGACGACGCCAAGACCAAGAGUCACGCCGCCCUGCACAAAGGCCUGGAGCCGCUGCUGCUGGAGGCCGAACCCGAGGCGCUCUUCCACUUCCAUCUGCGGGGGCUGUUCACAGUCAUGGCCACGCUCGCAAACAAGUCCCAGAACUUGACUGACAAAUACUUGGACAUCAUUGGGGUCAGCCAUUAGGAUGCAGCACAUCUUGAGGAAGAAUCCCUCUUGAGGUGGAAGCAAUUAAGUUACCGUACC